CAUCACACGCACACAAAACACACAGUCACAUAUGUAUAAAUAAAAUAAUUUAAUUAUUAAUUAAUCAGGAAAAAACUAAUAGAAGAAGACUGUUCGCAUCAGUCUGUUUCGGAGCUGAGAUCAUGUCUCGUUUAAUCAAGUCCAGCGUUUCUCUCUCUAGAAUCUGUACAACAUCUGUGUCCAGAAAUGUUAGAUUUUUGUCUACAACAAGCAACAAGGUUGAUGAACCUUUAAAGGUGGAGGAAGCAGAAACAGUAAAUAUUCCGCCGCCACCAUCAGAAAAGUUACUUGUGCUUGGUGGAAAUGGUUUUGUUGGCUCACACAUAUGCAAAGAAGCUCUAGACCGUGGUUUAUCCGUUCACAGCCUUAGCAGAUCUGGAAAAUCAUCUGUACAAGAAGCAUGGGCUAACAAGGUGACAUGGCAUCAAGGAGACCUGCUUUCAGUUAACUCAUUGAAGGAUGCAUUGAAUGGAGUGACUUCUGUUAUUUCUUGUGUUGGUACUUUUGGGACCAACUCAUAUAUGUACAAGGUAAAUGGAACUGCAAACAUCAAUGCAAUUAGAGCUGCUGCAGAGCAAGGAGUCAAAAGAUUCGCGUAUAUCUCUGCUGCUGACUUUGGUUUAGUUAAUUACUUGCUACAAGGUUAUUACGAGGGAAAGAGAGCAGCUGAGACAGAAUUGCUUACUAAAUUUCCGUAUGGAGGAGUAAUUCUGAGGCCUGGAUUUAUGUAUGGAACUCGGCGUGUUGGAGGCAUGAAGCUACCUCUUGGUGUUAUUGGUUCUCCGCUGGAGAUGGUUCUCCAGUAUGCAAAGCCUCUGAAUCAGGUUCCUCUUGUGGGACCUCUACUGGUUCCUCCUAUCAAUGUAACAGCAGUGGCAAAGGUCGCAGUUAGAGCAGCAACUGAUCCUGUUUUCCCUCCUGGGAUCAUAGAUGUUCAUGGAUUACUGCGCUACGGGCAGCAAAAGUCUAUCUAAGUUUGUUCUUUUAGUUGAUUCUUUAGUUAGUAGUGAAAUUCUCGCUUUAGUCCUAAAUAUAAAUUUAAAUAUAUGUUGAGCUGCUUAAAUGGAAUGAUUUCCUGUUAAUUGGAAUGUCUGUCCGGAUUCUUCACGAAAUAAAAUUAUCACAAAUAAACAGAGGCAGAGUGAAACUGUUAUGAUAUUUUUCAA